UUUAAAGUAGCACUAAGUUUGGUUUCUUUGUCAUGAUUUCAAGUACAAUUCUCUUACUUCUUCUCCAAAUUAAAAUUUUAAUACACUACUAAUUUUUGCACCAAAGAUUUAGGCAUGGCUGAUGCAUUGACAGAAGACCAAAUUUCUGAGUUUCGUGAAGCCUUCUGGGUUAUCGACAAGGAUUGUGAUGGGGUGAUUAGAAUGGAGGAACUUGCGGCAGUAAUUCAAUCUUUACAUGAACAUCCAACUAGGGAAGAGAUACAAGAAAUGAUAAACGAAGUGGAUCCUGAUGGUGACGGUACUAUUGAUUUUGAAGAUUUCUUGAAUAUCAUGGCUAAAAAGCUCAAGGACAACGUAACGGAGGAGCUAAAAGAAGCAUUCAAAGUAUUUGAUCGAGAUCAAGAUGGAUUUAUUUCUGCUAAUGAGUUAAGAAAUGUGAUGAUGAAUUUGGGGGAAAGAUUGACAGAGGAAGAAGCCCAACAGAUGAUCAGAGAGGCAGAUCUUGAUGGAGAUGGUCUCGUUAGCUAUGACGAAUUUGUUAAAAUCAUGAUUAUUUAAUCUUCUUUUUUUUCUUUUUGUAAUAUACUUACAGAUAAUUAAACAGCUUAAAUUCUACUGUUAGAGUACUAAAUUUAAAUAAACCAGUAGCAAUAUUGGUCUUAUAUAUUUGGUUAGUCAACUUUAAUUU